UGUUCUCAAAAUUUAUUUUUUUUAUCAGCGGCCACACCUCGGGAUUCACAAACCCAAAUUCUUGGGAGUUUUAGCGAAUUCUGUUGCCUUUCCUGCGAGCGAGAGCCAGAGCCCCAUUCCCGUCUCUUCAAGUUGAAGAUGAGUUCCGACGCCAAAGUUCAUUCCUUUGAGGAGGUUUCUAAGCACAAUAAGAAAGAUGAUUGCUGGAUUAUAAUCUCUGGAAAGGUGUACAAUGUAACUCCAUAUCUGGAUGAUCAUCCUGGAGGUGACGAUGUCCUCCUAACUGCAACGGGAAAGGAUGCAACCAAUGACUUUGAAGAUAUUGGGCACAGCGAUGAUGCGAGAGAGACGAUGAAGAAAUACUAUAUUGGUGAUAUUGACAGCAACACUGUGCCGGAGAAACCCAUAUACACUCCACCUCCGACAUCCUCUGCACCCAAGCAAAAAUCGGGAGGUAUGAUGACACUAUUGCAAUUCUUGCUGCCUUUACUGAUAUUGGGGUUUGCGGUUGGAUUCCGGUACUUCAACAAGAAGGAAUAGAGACGACGAUGACGAUGAUGAUGUGGCGAUAUGUUAGUGUUUUCUCAUUAGUUUAUGUGUCAAAGUGAAGUAAACUAAAAUUUCCUAGUGUUGGUAAGAGGGAAUAAAAAUGGGGUUUGCCAAUAAGGUUAGAUUUUGGUAAGUGGUAUUAUUGGAGUAGUUGUCUAAUUGUUUUGUGUUUAGACUUUAGAGGGAAGAAAAAUAAGGUUUGCCAUUUAUGUUUUAUUGUGUUGUUACAUUAUUGCAAUCCCUAAAUAUGCAGGUGUUCUAGUCCCUUAUUUAAGCCUUAGAUUCUUGUUGGUGAUAUUGCUGCUGCUUUUGGGCCUUUAGCCAAUAAUGUCCAAUACUUUAA